AUGAAAUGUACUAGUGUAAAUAUAAGGAACGUUUUAGAAUUAAGUUUAAAAAAGAAAAUAAAAGAAAAUACGAAUUUAAGUGAUGAAGAAAUACUAAUUAUUUAUAAAAGAUUUAAUUAUAUAAGUUAUAAUGGAAAAUUAAAUUAUGAUAAUUUUGAAAAGAGUCUAGGUAUAUUAGGAUCAAUAAAGAAUGCUUAUUUAUAUAAAUCUAUAUUUAAAGCUUUCGAUUUAAACAAUGAUAACUAUUUAGAUUUCUAUGAAUUUUGUGUUGCUAUAAAUAUAAUGUUGAAGGGAAAUAAAAAGGAUAAAUUAAAAUUAUCCUAUAGAAUAGUAAAUGCAGGAUUUAAUUCGAAUGAACAUGCAGGUGUUCUUCAUAAAAGAAGUAAUGUCAGUAAUGAAGAAAACCAAACAAAUUUUAACAACAUAAAUGGUGAUAAUAAUAAUGAAAAUAAUGAUAAUAAUGAUAAUAAUGAUAAUAAUGAUAAUAUUGUUUAUAAUGAUAAUAUUGUUUAUAAUAAUAGUGAUAAUCAUAAUAAUAAUAUUACCCAUCAGAACUCCUUAUGUCAUCUUUUUGACAAAAAAAAUAGUAAUGAUCAUUCAAACAAAGAUCCAACUAUUGAGAACAAAAUAUAUAAUAUUAAUGAUGAAUAUAACGAAAAAAUAAAAAAGAAUAAAAAAAAAGAUUAUUCAAAUUAUAUUACUUAUGAAAAUUUUGAGAAAAUUGUUUUAAGUAUUAAUGAUAUAAAAAGACAACUAUUAGGAACAGGUGAUGAAAUAAUAACUAGCCAAAUAAAAUAUACAUUUCGAUCAUUAAGUAUUUUAUGUGAUGAUGGUAUUUAUAGAAUGAAUUUUGAAUGUUAUAAAAAAGCUUUAAAAUGUAAUGAAUUUUUAAAACUUUUGGGAAUACAUACAAAGGUAGCUGAUGUUUUUUUACAACAUGAAUUAAUAAAAAAAAAACAAAAAAAAACAAAAGAACAAAUUUAUAAAAAUAGAAAAUAUAAAAAUGAUACAAAUAAAUUAGCAAACCAUCGUAUUAUUAAAUCCGUCUCAGAAAGUACAAAUACCAGAGGAUCUAUUUUGAAUGAUUCUACUAGUAUUCUUUUUUUAAGAAAACCAAAAAAAAAAAAAAAGAAAAAGAAAAAAAAAAAAAAAAAAAAAAUUAAAUUAUUUGAAAGAAAAAAUACUUUUUCAUCAUCCAUGGAAAAUAAAAAUAAUAAUAGAAAUAUUAAAGGUGUAUCAAGAAUUUUAUCACAAGUAAAUAAUAUAUCAACAACAGAAGUAGAAGUAAAUCAAGAUACAGAACCUAUUUCAAAUGAAUGUCAUCACAAACAAAAUGAAGAAAAUAAAAAUAUCACCUUUUCUCAAAACGAUAAUAAUAAUAAUAAUAAUAAUAAUAAUAAUAUUGAUAAUAUAAAAACAAAUUCUUGUGUAAUGAAUAAUAUUAUGGAUACUAAAGAAUCUAAUGAAGAAAAAAAACAAAAUAAAAAUAUGUGUAGUAAAAAUAUUUAUGAUAUAUCCAACAAAAAAAACGAUAAACUUCAACUACCUAAAUGUGACAUUUUCGAAUGUAGCAUUAUUAAGAGUGAUAAAAAUAUUUUAAAAGAAGAAAAUAAUCAUUAUAAAAAUGAAAGAGAAACACACGAAUAUUUUGCCAUAGAUAAUAAUAUAUUUUAUAACGAUCCAAUUAUUAUAUCCAAAAAAAAUUCAAAUGAUAGAGACAAGAAAUUAUUGAAAACGUUUUCUUCCUCAUCAUUAAAGAAGAAAUCACAUUUGAGAAAUUAUCAUUAUAUAAAGAAAAUAAAUAAAGAUAAUAACAUAAAAGGGGAAGAUGAUGCGAAUUAUAUUAACAUAAAAGGGGAAGAUAAUGCGAAUCAUAUUAACAUGAUGGAUGAAAAUAAUGUGAAUCAUACUAACAUGAUGGAUGAUCCUAAUAAUAAAGUUUCAAAAAAUAAAAACAACUGUAAUAAUAGUUAUUAUAAUAAUGUGUCGUUUAAUAGUACUUAUUAUGAAUAUCACUCCGAUAUUGAUAUGAUACAUUUUACUUAUAAUUUAAAAAAAAAGAAAAAAAACCCAACGUCUCAUCGACCUAGUUCGAAAGAAUAUGAAAAAAAAGUUAUAUAUCAUAAAGAAUCGCAUUCAAAUGAAAAGAGGAAAAAUAUUCAGAUGAAUGCAAAUGAUAUUGAUAUUCUAUGUAAAAAUAAUGAUAUAACAAAUGAAGAAGAUAAGAAAGAAAAAAAAGGAUGUGAUGCAUUAAACAGGGGAGGUUAUAUAAAAGAGCAAGUGCAGUGUCAAAUUGAUGCAUUUGAAAAUGAAGAAGAAAAUAAAAUAUACAUACAAGAAUAUAAAGAAUGUGUGGAAAAAUAUAAAGAAUAUGUGAAUCAAAGGGAAGGACACCUUAAAGAUGAGGAGGAAGACAAAAAUGAUGACGAAGAAGAGAAUGAAAGUGAUGAGAAUGAAGAUGAUGAGGAUGAAGAUGAUGAGGAUGAAGAUGAUGAGGAUGAAGAUGAAGAGGAUGAAAGUAAUGAGAAUGAAAGUAAUGAGGAUGAAAAUGACGAUGAAUAUGUAGAUGCUGAUGAUACCAAAUUGAAUAUAAAAAUAGAAAAUAAAAACGAUUCAACUGAUAAUCAUAAUAAUAAUGAUGAUGAUACAUUAUCAGCUCUUGAAAAACAUCUAACAAAUAAUAAUAUGAUUAAAAUGAUGAGUGCGAAAUAUUUAUACCAUAAAUUUUUAGAAUAUAAAGAUUUUAUGAAUACCACAAAUAAGUUUUCUCAUUUUAAUAAGAUAUAUUCAUAUGAAGAUGAUAAAAAACAUAAGGAUAAUAAAAAUGUUUUAAAGAAUAUACAUAACAAUAAUAAUGAUAUAAAUUAUUAUAAUUCUAUUUGUGAAGAAGAAAUAAAAAAAAAAAAAGAUGAAAAGAAAUCAUCAUUAAAUGUAGAAUUUGGUGACGAUAUAAUAAAGAAAAAGUUUUUUAUAUCAUCUGUAAAUUCUCAUUAUGUUAUGAUAAAUAAUGAUUUAACAAAAGAACAGAUGUUAUAUUUAAUAAGAAAUAUUUUAAUGUCUAUUGAAGAUUAUUUAAAAAAAGAAAAAAAUAGAGAUUAUAACAAAAUUUUUUUUUUAUUUUUUUCGAUAUUUAUAUAUAACACACAAAAUGAUGGACUGGAUCAAAAAGAGAUGCAUGAAGAGGGAAAAUGCGAUCAAACGAAUAGAAGUGAAGAUAAAAAUGGUGAAAAUAUAAGUAAUAAUCAUAAUUUAAGUAAUAAUCAUAAUAUAAGUAAUAAUCAUAAUAUAAGUAAUAAUCAAAAUAUAAGUAAUAAUCAAAAUUUAUGUAAUAAUCAAAAUUUAAGUAAUAAUCAAAAUUUAUGUAAUAAUCAAAAUUUAAGUAAUAAUCAAAAUUUAAGUAAUAAUCAUAAUAAUAUUUAUGAUAAAAUACUUAGAGAAUCCUUAGGGAAUCAAAAAAAAUAUAUAAAAUUAAAUAUUUUUAAAAAUAUCAUUUUAGUUAUAUCUAUCGUUAGAUAUUUUUUACAUACAAUAACUAUAUCUCAAAAAUAUACAUCAUCAUAUGAUUCUUUAGAUGAUAGUAAUAUGAUAAAAAGUAUGAAUUCUUUAAAAUUGAAUGAAAUAAAUAUAUUAUUAAAUCGAGCUAAUGAAAUAUUAGAAAGAUAUUCUUUAGGUAGUGUUGAAAAUAAGAAGGUUUAUAUAAACAAAUCAAAUUAUUAUAAUUCACCUAAGAAAGGUAAAUUAUCUGUUUCUUUACGUCAGAGUAAACAAAAAAAAACAUUCCAUAGAAUAUUGGCUGUAUAUUUUGGUCAUGAACGUUGGGAUUUAGUAAUGAAUAUGAUGAUAGGUAUUAGAAUAUCAUCUAUAAAAAAAUUCUCUAUAAGUGAUAUAUCAAAUUAUUUUCAUCAUAAAGAUGUUUUACAAUUACCUACAUCAAAUGCACAACACAAAGUUAUAUUUAAAAAUUAUGCUCCUAUCAUUUUUAAAAAUAUAAGAAAUUUUUAUGGUAUUAGAUCAAAAGAAUAUUUAACAUCUGUGGGUCCAGAACAGGUCAUCAGUAAUAUGGUUCUAGGAAAUCUUUCAACACUUAGUGAAUUAUUAUCAGAAGGAAAGAGUGGAUCUCUCUUUUAUUUUACUAGCAAUGGAAAGUAUAUAAUCAAGACAGUUUGUCGAAAUAUUCAUAAUUUAUCGAAAAAACUGUUACCUAAAUAUUAUGAACAUAUCAAGAAAAAUCCAGAUUCUUUAUUAACACGUUUGUAUGGAAUCCACUCCAUUAAAUACCAAAAUAAUUUAGGAAGGAAGAAGAAGAAAAUUUAUUUUAUCGUCAUGAAUAAUUUUUUUUCAUCCAUUGUUGAGAUACAUAGAAGAUAUGAUAUAAAAGGAAGCUUAGUAGGACGAACAGUUCCAGAGACCAAAAGAGAAGAUCAUACUAUAGCUUUAAAAGAUGUAGAUAUUGAUGAAUUAGGUGAUAUAAUAAAUAUCGGACCAGAAAAUAAAGACAGAUUACUUAAGGUUCUAAAAGCAGAUGCUGAUUUUUUAAAAGAAAAUAUGUUAUUAGAUUAUUCAUUACUUUUUGGUAUACAUUAUAGAGAAUUAUCUAAAGAUGUAGUAAACUGGGAAGAAACAAAAACAAGCCAUAUUAACCAUAUUUAUGAUUGUAAGGGGAAUUGCAUAGCAUCAAGACCAUUCCACCAGUGUGAUUAUGGGGGUAUCAUCAGUGUGGAUAAAAAAAAAAUCUUUUUUUUUGGAAUUAUAGAUAUUUUUACAAAAUGGAGCAUUAAAAAAAAAUUCGAACAUACCUUCAGAACCAUACAAAAAUUUGAUGGAAAAAAUAUUUCAUGUAUUCAUCCCAAUGCUUAUGCAAAACGUUUUGUUACAUUUAUAGAAAAUCAUAUGAAAUGA